CUUCAAACCCCGUCCUCUCAUUCAGUCGAUGCUAUGGAACACCACCGCACCGCGGGUAACCAAUCUAAAGAUAACAAAUGCGAAAACUUUUAUCCAGAUAUACUACGACCAAUCACUAACACCUUUAUAGGCGGGCUGAUUGAGCAUUGAAGUGCACUAUACGAUGUUUCAUGCUAUGAUCGAAGCUCAGGUAAAUUUUAUACAUCCUACAUAACCUUUUGUGAUGUACUGGCACGCGAUGAGCUGGUUUUGUAGCUGCAGUCCAACAAGUCAUUGGCUACACUUGAAUCUUACUCUCUCUCUCACUCAUGGACUCCCGCAUGGUCGCUUGCAUCUCACCGACUCUUCGGCUUUGAAGUCGAUCUGUGAGUGACGUCGAUUACUGGCGGUGAUACCAAUUGUGCCCGCGGACACGCCCGCCGCGUGACUCGAAUUUGUCCCCGAAACUUCUAUAGCCUUCUAUAGAUCAGUCUGUUUGUCCAAGAAGUUUCUAUCAUCUUCUAUGGACGCUGUUUGCUCACCAGAGCCAGCGAAGUGGGUCCGAGCGUUUUCUGUCCCACCAUAACAAUUGAUAUCGCCAGCAACACUCCGCCGCUCACCCACACCCCCGCUCACCUUCCUGACACUCUCAGUCAGCGUGCCGCCUGUCCUGCGCCUUCAGCUCUCCGCUUUGCAGAAAACUAUGGAUGCGGCAGCUGCAUCGGCGACUACCGCAAUGUUGUCUGCAGAGGCGACGGCGUACAUCGUCCACCAUGUCGUCCUCCCACCCAAGCUACCGCAAUCAGACGAUUCCGAUGACCGCAAUGAGCUAUCUUUGCUGGAUCUCACCAUCCAAACACUGGGCGAUUUCCCUGUCACUGCUGAAAAACAAGACGCUAUCAGAGCCGCCGCUCACUCCAUUCAAAAUCUGCGGGCUAUUCGCGGUAUUGAUGGCAGCAUUUCCGAGUCUCAGCUUUACGAGCAGCUUCGAAACCUAGUCAGUGGAAGGGGAAAAGGUUCAAUGAUUCUGGAGAUCAAAGCGCAGAAUGCUGGACUGAUUGCCAGCCGCUUUCCAAACUAUAUCCGAUUCGAAGUUUUCGAGCUUGCACCCCCCAAUUCCACAGUCAUGGGUACCAACGGACGACUCGUUCGUCAGUUCCCAGAUCGAGCAGUACAGAUACCCUUGAGCACUAUGCAGAGUCAGGAUCUCCAAAAGACACUCAGCGCUACUAUUUCGAAGAUGUCAACUCAAGUCGCACCUGGUUUUCAGCCACAAGUCUUGAAACAGAGCCACAUGCAUGAUGAGAUGCGAGAUACAACUGACCCUGGAAUGAUCACCGACUAUUUAGUGAACUUUCUAGCAGCGUACGGCGAGACAACACCUGUAUCGGCCAUAACCAAGAACACUCGCGAAGAAGUCCUUUGGGACCAGACCUUGCAUCCCUGGCGUCGAUCCUCUCUUUGGCUCUUGAUACGUGUAUUUUUGCAUCUUCAUCUAGCUCGCCAGAAAGAUGGAUCGAGUGACCCUGGUCCCUUAUACAAAGCCUUCCUUCCGUUGUUCCUAUCAAAGUUGAUAGAUUCGCUGGUGGCCAACUGGAAAAUGGUCGGAAACGAUGCGCUAUACACGACUUCGGCAAAGAUUCUUCGGCGGCUGCGCAAGAUGGAGCCGUGCACUCAGACCGACGAUCUUCGAACAGACUGGCAAGCUUCUAUCAAAGCCAAGCUGUCGAUGUCUCAUGGUCAAUUGAAGGCUCGCCAGGAAACAUCAAAUCAGCAUCUCAAUCUUCAGAAGCUGACGAAAUUGCGACCUAUACAAGAACUGGAUACCACAAUACCUGAACUGAACUCAUUCAUCGACCAUCUGAUGUCGUUGAACCAGGAUCUAUCGCCUUCCAAUUUCGAUCCCACUUCCGUAUACCCGCAGUUUUCACCAGGUGAAUUACCCACUGUCUGCGUAGGACAGGGAGAGAAUGCAGUGUUCCAGCUUGCUGCGAUCGAGAAAUGGGCCAAAGAACAUCUUCAGUCUUGGAUAUCAUCUACACUGCAUCGCUCUGACACCUGCAGUGAGCUUCACCGAUUGAUCAAGGAUUAUCACGCCUCCGCAAAAAUUGCCUAUGCAGAUAUUCCAACAAGCCUGUCCAAUAUGUACUUGACUCUUCUGGAACUCUGGGUUGCUUGUGACUCAUCAGCUUGUGCAAUCUACCCACUAUUGCGCAAUUAUUCACCAGAAGUCAAGCUGAUCGAGUUUCCAUUUCUGUCACUCCCAUUUAAACACCAAAUGGAGCGUGCUGAUACCGUCGAACGGUACGUUCGUUCAAGGGAAGGGAAUGUGGAUAGGACUAAUCCUUCGAUAUAUCGUGACUUUGGCCAUGUAAAGUCCUUCGGCGUUCGAUUUUUCGACAACUCAUCGGAAAUGAAGGAUUUGCGGGCGAAAAUUGAACGCGAAGCACACGAGAAGCAACAACAAAAGCGAGAAGAACUGGUACGACUCAAGAAUAAAUAUAACGAUCUGAUGGGACAAUACAACGAAAAGUCGUGCGACUACGAAGAAGUUAUUGUCGACAGAUAUCACAACUACACGGAACAACGACAUAAGCGCUUUUGCCACCGCUGUUCCCUAAAGAACGAAGCUGACGGAAUCGACAUUCGCAUAUUUGAAUGGCCACUCUCGCCCAUCAAGUCAUUUGCCAAGGCAACCGUGUUCGAGCUCCAAGCACCACCAGCAUUUAGCGACUGGCGUGAUGCAUCCAUCCAUGUUAUUUCCGAUGUACUGGGAUCACAAUUAUCCGAUCCGAGACGGCCACAGAAUUCCUACACACUCAAUAACCAUGAUACCCUGUACUGGCAUAUUACUGGAGAUUAUACGAGCAGGCGCAUCGUUCCUUUGUCCUCCGUAAAACCACACUCAGUCACGCAUCGCAAAAAGAAGGGUGCUAUCACGAAUCUUGAAGAGAAGGAUGUAUGCCUAGAUAGUGCACUACAAUAUGCCUAUUACGACAGUCGCAGGGGUGUAUGGACCGGCAAGGAAGAUCUGGGACAAGUGAUUCAAAGCACAUGCACUCGCCAAAUGCCUUCCCGAUCGAAAUCCCUUCAGCGUUAUCUCACGAAGUCCCCUUCCACUCUUGAUGGUGUACCCCCCAACGAGGUGAUCGCAAAUCCAUCUGACUGCCCGAGCCACCUCUCCGUGGAAGAAUUCCGGGCUCUCGCCACAACUCCUCUUGGUUUGAAUAUUUGCUACUCUAAUAUUCUAGUACAGCUGGCAAGCCCUGCAGUUGACUUCAAUAAGCCGGAGACGCAGACUGUUAUUCUGCAAACGAUUCAUGCCCUUGGUCCCCCAACAAGCAGCUUUGAACGCAUUACACACCGAAUUCUGACAGAUCGUGCUUUCUGCAUAACUUGUUUGGAUCAACUGAACUCAGCUUUGGUACGAGUAUCAGAGAACUGGGAGAGUUGGAGGGCUGCCGCCUCUUUCGCUGAGCUUUCAAAACGGAUCUUAAGUCUUUCAUCUUCUGAAACUGUUCAAACGCAGGCAAUCGAAUACCUAGCAAAGAUACGGGGCGUUUGCAUGAAAUGGGUCCGCCGCUUACAGGAUCGCAUCGCGUCAUCCACCGUCACAUCCGAGAAUCAGAGGCGGGAUCUUCUCACAAUAGUGGCUGAAAUUGCACUCCUUGGUACCAGCACAUUCGAUAUUGAGGAAAACUUCUGGGAUGUCGUGUUUAGUCGCAGUACAGUGACAUCUACGCUUUUCCAAUUCUGUAUCGUUGUGCAGGAACUACAACCAGCGCUUUCUGGUCAUUCAGAAUUUGGCUAUCAUCUGAGAACUACUAUUCAAGCUUGGAAAUCGCUUAUGUAUCGCAUCUUUCCGGUCAUUCGCGACAAAGUACUACGGGAUAACUCUAGCUUGAAUGAUGCUAUUAAGUUAAGUUGGGCGGCUUUCCAACCCCACGUCAAAUGGAAAUCUCAAGGGGACUGGCUCUGCAUUUUUUCUGGCGCAUUGUCAGUUUACUAUAACCUACUCACCGCGGAGCUACUUGUGAAUGGGCUACCGCUUUCUAGGCUGCCUUCUGAAUACAUGUCACACAAUAUGUAUUCGCCUCUCUUCCAGAAAUCGACUUUAGAGGUGGUUCCCACAGACGAACCAGGAAUGCGCUUUUCCGCUAAAUUCCCUUAUUAUGGCUAUACUUUGCAUUUUGGGAUGCUGGAAAAAGAUCUUCUCAUUGUGGCUAAAAAGGAUGGCAAGAGCCUCAGACUUAUUCCUUCUCGUCUCCUGACAGGUUACUUGCCACACGCCUUUAGCAAUGAGUAUAUCCAUUGGUACGACCCAGAUCAGCACAGUAUUGUUUUGAGACCUAUUAAAAAGCCUUGGUCAACCGAAUCUACCUCCACAUGGAAUCUGCGAAAAAUGGGCGACAAAUGGCGUCUUUCCAUGGGGAAUCUCACCAUGAUUGAUAUGCGGGGCCAGACAGCGAGCCAAAUCACGCGACUUCUACAACCUAUAGAAGAUCCAUCUUUCAUUCACAUCUCAGUCAAUACCGAGUCUCAGCAGUUGAACGUUGAGCUACCACGAUUGCAGUUGGAUUUUGACGUUUCCUGUGGAAAAUCUGUGAUUCAUUCUGUGCAAUACAGGGGCAUGGUCCUAGAUGGAGAUCAAAAUAUUGGCACUCUAAAUGGUCUUGAGAGCAAACUUGUGCUGAGGAAUGAACUCAAGUCUCAAGACCGUCUAGUGCUGAUUCCAGAAGGUUGUAUUGACUACAACAAACUGCCAAAUCGAAAUCAUCGUGUCGCUGUCACUGUACGCAAGUCUACAGUAAGGAAAACACAUGCAUAUUCGAUUGACAGCACAUUGCGACAAAUCACAGAUAAUGGGAAUCUUCAGAGCAAACUCUUGCUAUGCUAUAUGCAUGCUCUUACGUCUCACUGCCUACCAGAUUCUUUAACAGGUUAUACCGGGGUAGAGUCGGCCUUGAAUAUCCUUCAAUCAGCAGCUGUCAAAUCUUUUCCAGCUCUAAAUGAAGAAAACACUACAAUGUUGGAGCUUAUUGGCAAGCUGUCCCCGAGCCGUGCCUUCUAUCCGCGCGAAUUAAAAGUCAUGCAACAAAUCGGGUGGGAUGAUAAACUGCCAGCGCUCUCGCAGCAUCCCAGGUUUUUCACAUGCGUCCAAACCCUCUUUGAUCAGUUCAGGAGGAUGGAGAUGUUCUUAUCAAAUCGGAAGGACUCUAAGGAAAAAGCUUCUAGAGUAAAUCUGUAUCUGCACGAGCGCAACGUUAUUCGAUCAUCCGCAUUCUGGGUUGACAGGUAUGGCGCAGAAUCUUAUGACACAGUAACCUUGGACGAAAAGUACGUGUCUAGAAAAUCCAACAAUGACAUAGAGCGAGGUCAAAAAGCCUUUGCAACCACCCGAAUGAUACUCCGCAACGAAACUCAGCUUCUCAACACUAUUCCAAGCCUUCAAAACGAUCUGUUGAAGCAUUUCGGGCAAGGACAUGUGUCUGGUACCGGUCAUGAAACAAAACUUAGCUACGACUCUGAAUGGCUGGGUAAACCUACCCCCAUUCUCCUCAAUUUAUGGUGUAGCUUGUGUAAUCACUUGACCUUGACAGCCGGAAAUUAUACCAAGCAUGAUAUAGCAAGCUGGCUAUCAACCAUGGCCUACUCCUCUAGCGUAGACAUGGCUGUCGUUCAAGUCUUAGCCAUGUUAUACAAGCGAUCGGAUAUCCGCCAAAUCCAACCACCCGGAGCAAAGGAGUUUAAUCUCUCUCGCGGCAGAGAUUGGAACGGUGCGGUGAUUCGCCAAGUUGUUGAUAUUGCUAUUCGGUCUUUUGAGUCAAGUGCAGAGGCACGCCUUCCGAGACAGAACGGUGAGAGUAAAAACGAUCACAAACGGAGGAUGAAAUCGACUUUCCAGCAAAACUCUUCUGCGGCGGCUGACCAGUUCAUCGCCCGCUUAGAAAGCCAGUGGCCAUGUCAUGAACCUAUCAUGCCCACCUCCGCGGUGAUCGCCAAAUAUAUCAACCCAGUCAGCAUCGAUGGCAUCAUCAAAAGCCAUUUCACAGCUUGGUCGAACAAUCGUGGCUUUCUACAGUAUCUUGACAAGCUAUCUUCCGCUGUGGCUCGACUGGGAUGCAUUGGGGUUCCUAAGCUCAUCAUUCUGAAGCCGCGAUCCGUUCCGAAGAGCAGCCAGUUUCAGAGCCGGAUAAUCCCCUACGUUUCUGAGCAAUCUAUCUUUCAAAGUACCCCAGCCCAAAUCGAUAGAGUCUUCACAGAAACUUCCGAACGCAUUCUUCGUGGCAAGCCUCCUUAUGAACGCGUGCCAGUGAAAGAAGAAUCAGAGGGGCAAUCAGGGCAGUGCAGAGCUAAUCGUCUGCAAGACCUUUGUAAGACGCUCGAAACUAUGGCAGAAUCCAAGCCGGAAAAGUCAUACGUUGAGAAUUUGCGCAAGAGUUGCUUAUCACUGGAAGAGAAGAUGAAAUAUACCAGCGUAACUCCUUUUCUGGGGGAAGAAGAGCAGAAAGCCCUGCGCCUAUAUCUAGAAGAAUGCUCACGCUAUCUCUUCGAGUUCAAUGAAAUGUUGGCCUAUACCGCUGCGACCGCGACCGCAGUGACCGAGCUUGGGUUUCAGAUCCAGAUCGCUCCCCGGAUUGGUCCGAAAUUCUGGCUUUCACGUUUAUGUGGUAAUCGAUUCCAAUUAUUGUCAGAUGAUUGGAAGACAAGUAUUGUUGAGUAUGGACUGGCGAUCAACGGACUCCAACGAGCUCAGCGACUCUAUGAUCUUGUUGAAAAGCCCAUUGAUCUUUUCGAAGAGUUAAGCGACGCUGGGCACACAAACUGGAAUCCCUAUGAAUUUCCUGAGACGUUGUUACUCGAAGCUGAGAGUGGUAUCAUGGUUAGAGAAGUGCAAGAGACGAUCGCGAAGCAGAUGCGGGAGCCACCUAACGCCGAUAAUAUUAUCUGUCAGCUUAAUAUGGGUGAGGGGAAGAGCUCUGUUAUAGUACCUAUCGUCGCAGCAUCCCUGACGAACUCUUCCAAACUGGUUCGAGUGGUGGUCGCACGACCUCAGAGUCACCAGAUGUUUCACAUGCUGGUAUCUAAAUUCGGAGGAUUGCUAGACCGCACCAUAUACCAUAUGCCAUUUUCCCGCAAGACCAAAUUGACGAUAGCGGAGAGUGAAAAGCUGCGCACUCUCUACGAAGAAUGUUUGAAAGAGCGCGGCAUCUUACUGAUCCAGCCUGAGCACAUGCUAUCCUUCAAAUUGAUGGGUAUUGAUCGCCGCCUUAGUAACGAUGGCAUUGCGGACUCACUCCUGGAAACUCAACUCUUUUUUGACGGCGUUACACGCGACAUCGUGGACGAAAGCGACGAGAACUUCAGUGUCAAGUUUGAGCUGGUCUAUACUAUCGGCAGCGCUAGAGGCAUUGAUUUCUCCCCUGCACGCUGGUCAAUGGUACAGGAAGUUCUCAGCUGGAUUCCGCCGUUCGCGAAACGGAUAUACGCCGAGCUUCCAGAUUCCGUCGAGAUCCUUGACGACAACGACGGCAAAUUCCCGCGGAUUAGAAUUCUGAAACCAGAUGCGACUGAGCAGGUUCUGGAUUUGCUGGCUCAUCAUGUUGUGGAACAUGGUCUUACCGGCCUUCCAAUUCGCAAUCAAUCCCCCAAAGUCCAGGCAGCCGUUUACCAAUUCUUGACUCAAGUAAAACCUACGGCAGCCGAUGUAGAGACAGUCAUAGCUAGCAGAUUGUGGACAGACUUCGCUAAAUCUGCAUUGCUUCUGGUUCGAGGCCUUCUUGCUGAAGGCAUUUUGCGCUUCGUUUUGACAUCCAAACGUUGGCGUGUGAAUUACGGCCUGGACACGAUUCGGAAGCCAAGCACCAAACUCGCGGUUCCAUACCGCUCUAAGGACUCUCCUUCGCUCCAGUCCGAGUUCUCCCACCCUGAAGUCGUGAUCACACUUACACUUCUUUCAUACUACUACGGCGGAUUGAGCGAUAAUGAGCUGUUCGAUGCAUUUGCCCACGUGAUACGUUCAGAUCAAAGCUCUAUCCAUUACAAUGAAUGGGUUCGCACAGCAUCACCAAAAUUGCCAGAUGCCUUCAAGCAGCUGUCAGGUAUCAGCAUCAAAGACAAAACCAUGUGUAUCGAAAAGGUUUUCCCGAAGAUGCGCUAUUCGAAAGCAGCCAUUGACUACUACCUCGCGCACUUUAUCUUUCCAAAAGAGAUGAAAGAGUUCCCACACAACAUGUCAGCUUCAGGAUGGGACAUCGGCGUAAAGAAAACCCAUCCAACGACAGGUUUCAGUGGUACAAAUGAUACGUCGGGUAUGCUUCCACUGAGUGUCAGGCAGUUAGACGUUCCUAGUCAGACCCAUACCAAUGCGCUGGUUCUGGGUUAUCUGCUGCAAGACGAAACUUCGGUGGAGAUGAUCUACCCAUCCGUCAACCGAUCAAACGCAGAGAACCUCCUGCAGAUCGUCGAUGGUAUGCAGCCUCAAGUCAGGGUAAUCCUGGAUGUGGGGGCUCUGAUACUCGAAAUGGACAACCUCCAGGUCGCUAAAGCCUGGCUUACGCUAAAUCAGAACAGCGAAGCGGUGAUAUUCUUUCAUGGUGAGGCACUUUCAGUUCUCGACCGAAGUGAUCGUAUUGAGGCGUUCCAAACAUCUCCUUUCGCCAAACAACUCGACAGAUGUCUUGUAUAUCUGGACGAAUCGCAUACCCGUGGCACUGAUUUGAAGCUUCCUCGAGAUUACCGAGCGGCCGUCACUCUCGGUGCGGUGGAAAUACAGCAUCGCUAA